AUGGGCAUGGAUUAUGAUUUGCUGGCACUAGCACAUGCUGCAGAAGAGUCGAUCCGCCAGCACAGGGACGCCAUCAACAAGCAGUCGCCGCCACCAAAGAUACGCACCCUGAGCGGCGGCUUUGAAGUCGCCCUGGAUGGUCGUGCCUACUUCAUAGGGGACCCGGGCCAGCUGAGGUACCGACCAGAGGACCCGCUCGCCUUGCUUGGCAAAGGCCUCAGCUCAAACGUGUUCAAGGGCCGGCUGUACGUGACCCCCACGUUCAUCAUCGACGUCGCGGUCAAAGUGCAAGACUUCGAGAUUACGCAGGAGGCCGAGGUGCUGGCGUUCGCCUGCCGCCUCGGCGGCCUGCUGCCCCUCCUGGCGCGCUCCCCCACCCUUCGCACCACCUUCCGCGUCGAGCUGCAGCCCAUGCAGGACGGCGGGUUCCGGCUGCUGCAGGUCAAGGUGCUGUGCCCGGAGAUGCUGGAAUCCCUCCUCCAAAAGGGCAGCACCGUCCCUGGCAGCCGCCGCAUGCCGCUGCAGCUGCCGGACCUGGAGCGAAAGAUGCCCGAGGGCGCGCGCGACGUCAAAGGCACGCGGGCGGGCUGCCUGCUGCGCCCCCUGUCUGCUGGCAUCCCCUGGUCCGAUCAGUGGUGCGUGCUUGUCUCGGUGCUGGAGGGGCUGCCAGACCUGCACAGCGCCGGCUUGGUGAAGGGUGACCUGAAACUGGACAACAUUGGCCUGCAGUACCACGGGCGCCUGCAGGCUGUGCUGCUGGACUUUGACAAGUGCUACAUUAUACCGAGGGCGCCAGAGGACGCCGGCAGCUUCGUCUCUGUGCAAGGGUGUUCUGAGGAGACCAUGGCACCAGAGCUGGACGCCAAGCGCUUGCAGCCGUCCCCGGCGUCCGACGUGUUUGCGUUCGGCAUCGUCGCGCUGCAGCUGGUGCUGGUGCAGCGGGAGGCCAUGGCGCUGCGCGAGGCGGUCAGGGUGGCGCACGCGAGCAACGACCCUGUCAGCGCCCUGGACAAAGUGCUGGGCGGCCUGGGUGUGCCCAACCUUGUGAAGGACUUUGUCCUUCCAUGCCUCCACAAGGACCCGGCGCACAGGCCAGCGGUGUGGCAGCUGCUGAAACACCUGGAGGAGCUUCAGGAUUUCGAGCUCAUGGACGAGCGCCUGACUUUCGAGCUGGGCUGGCGCCACGAGGAGGUCAAGCUGCGCUGGUUUGUGCUGCUGUGCGCGCGGCGGGAGAAGGACCUGGCCGACGGCCGCGCGACCGAGGGCGGCGCAGGAGGGGGGGCGGUCGCGGCGCAGCUCAGGCGCAAACGCGCUGGCACUGCAAUCCUGCCAGCAAUUAGUAGUGCUGACUAG